UGUCUGACGUAUAAAUAAGAACUGUUGGUGCCGGUCUGUUACAGUGCUGUCAUUAAGCCGACUCGAGUGUAAUAAUUGGCGAAAAUAAUUUACCGAUAACAAUGCUUGCUCCAAAGAUAUUUUUUUUAUUAUUUCUGGUGUGUGCUGUGAGUUCUGAUAAUUUGGUCAGAAUAUCCUUAUCCAAGCACAAAUCUCCAAGACGAACGUUAGAAGAAGUUGGUACCCAUCUUCAGCAAGUGAAGUUGCGCUACAAGGAAGGAGAUUCUGCACCUGAGCCUCUUUCUAAUUAUUUAGAUGCUCAAUAUUAUGGCGUCGUUAGCAUUGGCACACCUCCACAAAAGUUUCAAGUUGUUUUCGACACUGGUUCGUCCAAUCUUUGGGUACCAUCCAAGAAAUGCCAUAUAACAAACAUUGCUUGUCUCCUCCACAACAAAUAUGACUCCAGCAAAUCGUCGUCUUACAAGGAAAACGGGACCAAUUUCGAAAUAGAAUAUGGUUCCGGCAGUCUCUCUGGAUUUUUGUCAACCGACGUAGUGAACGUCGGUGGUAUCGACGUGACCGAUCAAACUUUCGCCGAGGCCAUGAGCGAACCAGGCCUCGCGUUCGUGGCCGCCAAGUUCGACGGUAUCCUCGGAAUGGCCUAUCCUAGGAUCUCGGUCGACGGGGUGGUUCCCGUUUUCUACAAUAUGAUGGACCAGGGCAAGAUCUCGGCGCCCAUUUUCUCUUUCUACCUAAACAGGGAUCCUUCGGCAAGCGAUGGCGGCGAAUUGAUUCUGGGAGGUUCGGAUCCGAAGUACUACCAAGGCGAUUUUACGUACUUGUCUGUAGACCGCGCGGCCUAUUGGCAAUUUAAAAUGGACAGCGUCAAUGUUAACGAUAAAAAGUUUUGCAGCUCCGGAUGCGAGGCGAUAGCUGAUACCGGCACCAGCCUGAUCGCGGGACCCACGGAAGAGAUCAAAGCUAUAAACGAGGCCAUCGGCGCCACGCCCAUCCUGAACGGCGAAUACACCGUCGACUGUAAUUCUAUCCCCAAUCUGCCUAAGAUCGAUUUCAUUCUAGGCGGUAACACGUUUACAUUGGAGGGAAAAGACUAUAUACUCAGAGUGUCUGAAUUAGGUCAAACUAUAUGCCUGUCAGGAUUUAUGGGCAUCGAUAUUCCUCCGCCAAACGGCCCCCUGUGGAUCUUGGGAGACGUUUUUAUAGGAAAGUACUACACGGAAUUCGAUGCGGGCAAUAACCGUGUAGGAUUCGCCGUCGCAGUUUAAAUUUUAUAUUUUUGCCCUCUUUUCCUUGGUAAAAUAGUAAAUAAUAGUUUGUAUAAAAUACUCCACCAAUAAAGUUGUGAUAGUGAG